AUGGGCAAGAAGAGUCAUAUCGACGUCGUCUCCUCGGACUCGGACUCAGAGUCCUCUCUACCGUCUUCGCCCCGCCGCAGCUACCGUGAGAGGCGGUCUCACAAGAGGACACCAAGCACCGCGCCCCGACGAUUUCAUGCUCCCGCACCUCAAGCCGCCGCCGCCGGAGGGGAUACAAAAGAAAAGAAGAAAAAGUCAAAGACUACACCACAGGAAGGCAUAGACAAGAUUUGGGAGAGAUUUUCACAGAAGAAGUUCAGUAAAGCCUUGACGGUGCUUCCUUCCUCUCCCACCUCUGCGUCAACCUCGAUCGAGCGCGGCAAUGAACUCCUGGGCGCCGGCUACGAGCGUGCUGCCGAGGAAUGCAGGCGCAGAGUGCGAAAGAUCAUUUCCGAGUGCAAGAGGAUUAACAGUCGCUAUCGCGACCCUGGCUGGGAUAUUGACUGGGAUUUCAAAUGGGAGAAAGGCUAUUGCUUGAAUAGUCUGGGGUCGAGCAGGUUCAAAAUCUGUGACUCUAAUCUUGCUAGUCCCUCGGCGAACAUCCCCAAAGCCGUCAAACGCGUGCACGAGAUCUUCAAGAAGCCCACCUUCAUGGAAAACAUCCUCCCUGGAGAUAUCAAGCAGGGUAAUCUCGGAGAUUGCUGGCUCAUAGCGAGCUUGACGGGCUUAGCCAAUGUGCCAGGCGGCAUCAAACGAAUCUGCGUAGAAUAUGACACCAAGAUAGGAAUCUAUGGCUUCGUUUUCUACCGCGACGGGGAGUGGAUCUACUCCAUCGUGGACGACAAGCUUUUCCUCAAGUCACCGUGCUGGGACUCGAAGUCCAUGCAGCGAGAGAUGUUGAAGCAGAUCGACCGAGAAGACGUUGAAAGUGUCUACCGCGAGACAUACCAGACCGGGUCAAAGGCCUUGUUCUUUGGGCAGAACAAGGAUCAGAACGAGACAUGGGUCCCGUUGCUGGAAAAGGCCUACGCCAAGGCACACGGCGACUACGGCAGCCUCCACGGGGGUUGGAUCGGCGAAGCACUCGAAGACCUGUCAGGGGGCGUCACCACAGAGCUUCUCGCGAGUGACAUUUUCGACACGGAUGCAUUCUGGGACAACGAGCUGAGCAAGGUCAACCAGGAAUUCCUCUUCGGCUGCUCCACCGGUCUGCUUGACGGCGGAUAUGGUGAGCGAGACGGAAUCUCCGAGGGCCACGCGUACGUUAUUAUGGAGGCGAGGACACUCAAGGAUGGUACGCGCCUCUGCAAGCUCAGGAACCCCUGGGGCCAGGUCAAGAAGGGCAAUUGGGAGGGCGCGUGGUCUGAUGGCUCCAAAGAAUGGACCACAGAGGUGAAGCAAGAGCUCGACCACACCUUCGGCAGCGAUUCAACUUUCUGGAUAUCCUACGAUGACCUGCUUCGCAAGUACCAGCACUUUGACCGCACCCGUCUGUUCCGGGACCCAGACUGGCGGUCGUGCCAGCGAUGGGCCGGGGUCGAGGUCCCUUGGAAGCCGCAGUACAACGAGAAAUUCCUCAUAAAACUUACCAAGGAGUCGCCAAUCGUCCUCGUCCUCUCACAGCUGGACACGCGUUACUUCCGUGGUUUGCAAGGACAAUACAACUUCCGCCUCCAGUUCCGACUGCACGAAGAGGGCAGCCCCGGAGCAGAGGACUACAUAGUCCGCAGCCAUGGGAAUUAUCUCAUGGACCGCAGUGUCUCGGUCGAACUGCCGAGCAUGCCUCCUGGAAAAUAUGUAGUAUUCAUCUCGGUCAUUGGCGAGCGAGACAACGGCAUUUGGAGCACAGAGGAGGUCAUUAAACAACAGUGCAAGGGACGGUCCCAGAACGAAAAGCUUGCCCAAGUCGGGGGAGCGUACGAUCUCGCCCAUUCGAAGGCUGCCAGGCACUUGAAGAUGUUAAGUGAAGUUCGGAAGAAAGCAGAGGGCAAGAAGGCCAGCGAGGCUCGGAUAAAAGAGCGGAGGAAAGCCUGGGAGAGGCGACAGGUAGGACGAGAUGUAAAGGCAAAGCAGGCGAAGAAGAACGAGGAAAAGAAGCAAAAGCUGAAGGCGGAGAAGAAGGCCAAAGCCGAGGCUGAGAAGAAGGCCAAAGCCGAGGCUGAGAAGCAAGCGGCGGAGACAAAGGCCGAAGAAGAGAAGGCUGCAAAGGAGGCUGCAGACAUAAAGACCGAGAUCAAGGACUUGACAGAGCAAGCGAGACAGUUGGGAGCCGGUGUUGACGCCGAUAAUGCUUCGGUUGCAUCAAGCUCGUCUACCGGCACAGCACAAAAUACGCCACAGGAUAGUCCACGGACUGAGCCUGCCCAGCUCAUUUCCAACGGUCAAGACAGGGUGGAAAUCCCCCCAACCUCCAUCAAGACGGCCCCUGAUACUCUCUCGGACGCGAGCAAGCCUAAUUUCACUGUCAAUGAACCCCAGGCUGCAGCAGGGAACAAGCCAAUAGAGCUCAAGAUCCAAUGUUGUUCCUGCAGCAACAAGAAGGCAUCCUCGCCAGCAGCAGACUCGGAUGGAUACUCGUCAGACUCUCCCGUCGAAGAUUACGAGAACCUGUACGAGGACGACGACACCACAAGCGCCCUGCUCCCAGCUCCUCCAAUCACGCCCGCGUCCGCAAAAUCCAAAGACGACGAUUCUGACGACGAGGACGCCGACACUCCUGACCCAUGGAACGCCAUCGCAAUCGUGGGCUUCAGAGUUUACUCAAAGGAUGAGGCCCUAGAAUUGCGCGUCAUCAUGGAAGGCGGCCUCUUGGAGCAAGAUGGGAUGGGGACACUUGGUGAGGCUGACCUGGACAACGGAGUUGCCAAUGCCAGCGGCCAGCAUGUCACGCAGGUGGGUGGAGGUAUGGAUAAAGCUGAAACCUCAGGGGCUGGGGGAACAGAUGGGGGUAAAGAAGGCGACAGCUCUUCGGUUGAUGGGGACCGCGUGGCCCACUACCCGAUCAUUAUUGAGAGAAAGACCUCUGAGUAUGGCAGGGUCAUGGAAGAUGAGGGCAAAGGCGAUGAUGGAACAGUUGGGGCUAUUAAGGGAGCCUGA